AUGAAAAGCCGUCUAGAGCGAGCAAGGAAGAUGAACGAGGCAAUGAAAACGCUCAUUGAUAAAGAGCCCUCCGAGGUUCAACAGAAGCUGACGCAGAUUGAAAGAGUUCGGGAGAAGCUGCUGAUUGAAAACAAAGAUCUCCAGGAAGAACUCAAACUCCGUGAGGAUUCGCUCUUUGAUCAGGAUGACGAGCUUGAAAAGAGGAAUGCCGAACUCGCCAAGCUAAAGCGUACACUGGAACAGUUGAAAUCGGAGCUUGAGGAAAACAAAGCAGAACUUUCCAAGGUCAAGACGCAGGAUGCGGGUAGCUAUUCAAGCAAACUCUCCGCUCAGAUUGCAGACAACGAAAAACUGAGGGAGGAACUAAGCGAGAAGGUCCGAGGACUUGGAGGUAGGUCUGAGUGCAUUUCAGCCUAUUUAGUGGACGUUCAGUUGAAAGCCUUCUUUGCGUACAUAUUACGUAAUGGCGUAAGUAGUAAAUGA